GUUGUAAUGGGCGGUUUGGGGUCGGUUCUUUUCGCCGCCGUUGCAGUGGCGGUGGUGGCAGUGGUGGUCCAUUUUUACUAUGGAGUGUGGAGGAGGACGGCGGAGAUUAGGAGGAAGCUACGAGCACAGGGAGUGACGGGACCACCGCCCUCACUUCUGUACGGAAACUUGCCGGAGAUGCAGGAGAUCCAGUUGGAGGCGGCGGCGGCGGCCAUGGCUUCUCCGCCACAUCAUGCGUCGGUGAUUGUUGCUCACGAUUAUACCUCCACUCUCUUCCCUUAUUUCGUCAAGUGGAGAAAACAAUACGGCCCAUUAUACACAUACUCGACAGGGACGAGGCAACAUCUGUACGCGAACCACGUGGACCUGGUGAAGGACUUGAGCCUCACCAACCAUCUCCACUUGGGCAAGCCCUCCUACGUCACCAAGAAGCUCGCCCCAAUCCUCGGCCACAGCGUGGUCCGAGCCAACGGCCCUGUCUGGGCCCUGCAGCGCAAGAUCAUAGCGCCCGAGUUCUUCAUGGACCGGGUCCGGGUCAUGGCGGCGCUGAUGACCGAGGCGGCGUCUGCGAUGCUGCAGAAAUGGGAGGGGAGGAUCGGAGAAAGAGACGGAGCCACGGCGGAGAUCGACGUGGAUGAGGCUCUUAGAGAAUUCUCGGCGGAUGUGAUUUCUAGGGCUUGCUUUGGGAGCUCGUAUGAGAAGGGGAAGCGGAUUUUUUCCAAGCUUAGGGUUCUUCAGAAGCUGCUUAGCGAAGGGAAUUUCCUGUUUGGCUACGUUUCUCUCAGCGACCGAUUAUUUCAACAACCCAAACACAGAAGAAUCAAGAAGCUGGAGAAGGAGAUCGAAUCAUUAAUCUGGGAAACGGUUCAACAACGCCAAAGAGAAUGCUCCAAAACGUCGUCGGAUAAGGAUCUCUUGCAGCUCAUAAUGGAAGCCGCCAUGAAUGACCCAACCGUAGGCGCCAAUUGUAACGAGUCCCCUAAAAAGUUCAUCGUUGACAACUGCAAGAGCAUCUACUUCGCCGGCCAUGAGUCCACCGCCGUCGCCGCCACUUGGUCCUUGAUGCUCCUCGCUCUCCACCCCGAAUGGCAAGACCGUAUUCGGUCCGAGUUUACUCAAGCUUGCCCCGACGGUCGUGUCAACAUGACAACCAUCUCUCAACUCAAAUCGGUGAGUAUGGUCGUCCAGGAAACAUUGCGAUUGUACCCACCGGCGGCGUUUGUGGCGAGGGAGACAUUCUCUGAGACGCGACUAGGGAACGUAGUGAUUCCAAAGGGUGUCUACUUAUGGACUUUGAUUCCGACUUUGCAUAGAGAGGUUGAAAUAUGGGGAGAAAACGCGAAUGAGUUUAAGCCAGAACGGUUCGUGAAUGGCAUAGCCAAGGCUUGCAAGUUUCCUCAAGCGUACGUGCCAUUUGGGGCAGGGCCCCGACUAUGCUUAGGGAAGAACUUUGCGUUGGUUCAGUUGAAGAUCAUUAUUUCUCUGAUUGUUUUCAAGUUUAGAUUCUCACUAUCUCCUGAAUAUCGUCAUUCUCCGUCGUAUAGAAUGAUCGUAGAGCCAGCCAAUGGGAUGAAGAUCAUCUUCAAAAGGGUUUAAAUUAGGGUUUAUCAGAAGUUUAGUGUUACUGUGAGCUCUUAUUUAUGAAACAGUACAAGUUUAUUAAUUAUAGCAGCUACUAAAAUAUUUGAAUUUUUAA